AUGGUUCUUCUAGGAGAGAUCGUGCAACUGCAACAGUAUUUCUCCCGACUUACUACCGGAAUACCAUCAUUAGACCAAAUAUUCAUCACCGGAACUGGAAACAACCAAUCUCUUACAAACAAAAUCUAUGACUUUCAGACAGCACCUAGUUGUCAAGCCAUGUACUUGGUGACUAGUUCAUUAAUCAUGUCACACUUGCUGAAUGAAAAGUCAGUGAUUAUUAUAGACACUUUAAAUAGAUUUCCUAUGAAGUUCAUUAUUAAACAUCCGAGCUUUAAGAAGGAAUGGCUUAAUGAUAAGUUAAUGCUUUAUGAUCGAGACACAUUUUCUAAAUUGUAUGCGUUUUUUAUAUACAAGAAGGAUAUACCGAAGAACUGCAUGAUUAUAAUCAAUGAUUUUCACGACUUGGUAGAGCUUUAUAAACUAGAGAUGUCAUCAGUUUACGAAGAGCUUUUGUUGAAACAUCAUAUAGACAUGAAUGAUACGUACUUGCACAAUAAGAAGACCGCUGAUAAUUUACUAAUCCCUGAGUUGCCUUUCAAUUCAGAUUUGAUUAAAGUUAGUCCUAUAGCUAAGUUUGAAUCUCAUGUGAAGAUACUAUUUAGCAAAUUGAUUCAAAUAUGCAUCACCCAAAUGCUGCCGAUUUUCCUAUUGGGACACUUGGAUACAAAGUUCCAACCAUAUAGAAUGAAACCCACAUCACAAGCAAACUCGUCACAAUCGUCCCUUACCGAAAAGGGAAGAGUGGUAUUGACUCCACACAAGUUUGAGAAAAUAUCUACUCGGAUUGUAUUCUAUAACGAUUGGUAUCACAAGACACCGCACUUUGACGAAACAGUCAAGUCCAACUUUAUCAAUGAAAAUAAGCUUAGAAUGGUAUCUGCUGCAAGAUUAGAACUACCAAAACAAAAACUAAUGCAUCACCCGGUGUAUUUUGCCGUGGAUGACAAGUUCUACCAUGAUAAACACUUUGCACUUGACAACAAGUCAUACUCAUUGAUUGAUCUUUCAGCAAGUACAUCAGAUCCCGAUACCGAUGUUGAUAUCCCAUCGUCUCCCAUUGAAUAUGAAUCUGUACUAGAUGUUAGUGCUAGCGAAGGUCCUCAAGAUUUAAGUGCUACCAUGUGA